AUGGCUAUUUCGGUUGCCACGUCGAAACCUCCGCGAAAUCCGCUUCCAGCCACCCGAAAGGCUAAUACAUUUGAAGCCAAGGUGACCACCAAACCGAAUUCCUGUGAUCUCUGUAUGAAGGAGAAUAACCCGGUGCGUCGAUGUCCCCGCUUCUUUCAGAUGCCGGUGCCAGAGAGGGUGGCAUACAUAAAGAAAAAGUCCCUUUGUCUGAACUGUUUCGCAAGAGGACAUCAGGUAAAAGAUUGUCCGAGUCAGCACAAUUGCUUCACGUGCAAGCGGCGUCACAAUACGCUCUUGCACAAGGAUGCACGACCGGAGAAUAGUCCAAUGCCGGUCCCAGCUCAGCCCAGCUCUCACAAUAUUGUCCGUACUUACUUUACCUCUGAGGCAAGAUUAAAGGCAAAGAUCGAUCUACUUCUUGGCAUUGAUGUCAUACCAGCGGUGACCCUUUCCGGCAUCCAGACCAAAGUGUGCGGAUCUUUAAUAACUCAAGAGACGAGAUUCGGUUGGGUCAUUUCAGGCCCGUUGCAAGGGGUCCCCGUUAGUUCGUGUGUCGCGUUCACCACGAGGGUCGCUGUUAGCAGAGAGGAGGCACUUGAAACUCUUCUCACAAAGUUUUGGGAUGUGGAAUAUCUACUGGGCAAACCGGUAGAAGUUUCUGAUUCUGUUUGCGAGGUUAAUUUCCAGAAGACCACAAGAAGAGAUGUUUCGGGGAGAUAUACGGUCUCACUUCCGUUUCGAGAUCCAACCAACAUCAACCUUGGUCAUUCCAGACCAGGGGCAUUGGCUCAGUUCCUAAAAAACGAAGGCCGGCUCCUAAAAAAUAUUGCGGCGAAAACGGAGUAUGACGCCGUCAUCCAAGAAUAUUUGGACUUGGACCAUAUGCGUCAGGUGCCAUUUGACGGCAGUAAUGACAAUUUUUAUUUGCCACAUCAUGCAGUUUUCAAGCCCGACAGCACCACAACAAAAGUACGGGUAGUCUUUAACGCCUCUAGCAAGUCCACAAACGGAAGGAUCCUGUUCCGAAAUAAAGAGGGGCAACUUGGUGAUUACGAGCUGAAUACCAUCACGUUUGGCAUUAACUGUGCUCCGUUCUUAGCCAUCCAAAUACUUCAGCAACUCGCAAGUGAUGUACAAUCCAAAUUUCCUUUGGCUAGCGAUAUUAUCAAGGCCUAUAUGUAUGUCGAUGAUGUCGUGGCAGCAACGGCAAUCGCAAUGGUCAAUGAACUUCAAGACGCUCUUGGUUCAGCUGGCUUUCCUUUGCGCAAGUGGACAUCGAAUGUGAAGAGCGUGCUCAGUUGCAUUCCAAAGUGUCAUCUGCUGAAUGCUGAUUUCCUCAAUAUCGAAGAGGCUAGCACAGCAAAAACACUGGGAAUCCGAUGGAAAGCGACUACGGAUGAGUUUUAUUUUGUCAUCUCACCCCGAGAUAUCAAGUCAGCUUAUACUAAGCGAGAAGUCCUCGGGCAGAUCGCCAAGUUAUUCGAUCCCGCUGGCUGGCUGGCCCCCUUUGUAAUUCAAGCCAAGGUGUUUAUGCAAGAGCUUUGGCUACAAGAGCUAGGGUGGGACGAUCAAUUGCCCAGUGAACUCCAUCACAGGUGGCAGGAUUUUACAAGGAGCUACUCCUUCCUUGACCAGAUCCGAAUUCCUCCAUGA